AUGGCAGGAAGAGGUGGGAGAAACGAUGUUGCUAUUGCUGAGGCUCUAGGAAUGAUUGUUGGCGUGCUGGGAGGAAAUGCUAAUGGAGCUGGGAUUGGUCCAAAUAGACAACUGGCAGAAUUCCAGAGGAACAACCCUCCGUUGUUCAAAGGCACUCAUGAUCCGGAAGAAGCUGAUGAUUGGUGGGUUGCUACGAGGGCUGAGUUGGAUACUGAUGGCAUAGCAAUCACGUGGGCUGUGUUCAAGAGGGAAUUUAUGAGGAGAUACUUUCCAAAAGAUGUUCGGGGAAAGAAAGAGAUUAAGUUUCUAGAACUGAAGCAAGGUAGCAUGACGGUGCCUGAUUGUGCUUCUAAGUUUGUGGAACUGGCUAAGUACUACGCUCGCUAUACCAACGAUGAAGCUGGCGAAUUCUUGAAAUGCAUCAAAUUUGAGAAUGGAUUUCAUGACGAGAUCAAGCAGGGUAUUAGAUAUCAGAGGAUCCGCAGAUUUACUGACUUUGUGGAUUGUAGUAGGAUCUUUGAAGAGGAUAACCUUAAGCUGAAGUCAUCUCACCCUCGCGAGCUGGUUGAUAAGAAAGGUAAGAAGCCUAUGGAUAGAGGUAAGCCAUAUGGUAAAGGGAAUCCAGAAGCAUGA